AUGAUGCGCAAGUCCGCAACAGCAGAUAGUUCACCACUUUUCCACUCGAGAGCGGGUGGCGAUAGCGCCAGAGGAUUAAAGGAGUUCCGAGGUGACGAAGACGGCGCAGCUGACACGAAAAAGGAGAAGAAACGCAAGCAACGAGAUCAGAAUAGGCCUAAGGUGAGUGUUAGAAGAACAGGUUUAACCAGGCUACACUUGAUCUUGUUCGAUGACGAAGAGGAUGACGGUGGUGAAUGGACGCCAAUCACCAAAGAGAAGCAAGUUCAAUUAUUCGAACCAAAACAAGAAGUCACGCAUGAAGCAAUGAUCGGUAAGUUGACCGAAGUGAUGGCUUCACGUGGACGCCUUGGAACGAAUAGAAAGCAGCAUGUUCGUUUACUGCAAGAAUUGUACAAGAUUGCAGAGGAGAAGAAACUUGGAGUUGGAAUUUCCGUGAAAAUUCUGUUCAAUAUUAUUUCGUCACUUUUCGAGCUGAACACCAAGAUUAGCGACUUCAUGGAAUUUGCAAACUUCAAUAAGACGCUUCUUGCUGUCACAGAACUACUCGAUAUUUUGAUAGAGCAUCCAGAAGUCAAGCUUUCCGUCAAAUACACCGAGGAAGAGGAGAACUUGAAGGAUGAUUCCAUGCCAUACAAGAUCCAGGGAUCGCUGUUGAUGACGACUGAAGGGUGA